AUGCGGCUCAAAGUGACACAAAAUGUGCCAUGUGAUGAACAGCAAUUCGAGAAAUGGUAUAAGAUCAAGCUACCUUAUCAAGCGCCUAACUACCCACGCAUACCAUCUCUUGCGGAGAUUCAAAAGGCCUUUGCGCCUCGGUCAGACGGUUUUACUCCGCAAGAAUGUAUCGUUGAUAAUUGCGUGAUAAAACAAAGUUCCGAUCCGUCUGUUAUCCAGGAAGCAGAGACUUUGAUGUUCCUGCAUAACAUUCUUGGGUUAAGAGUACCCCAAGUCUACGCAGCCUUUAAAUACUACCUUGAAGAUUGGCAAGGAGAUAUAUACUUUCAUGCUGUAGAGGUACCCAAAGGGGAAUUCUUAAGUCGGGACAAAUGGGCUACUUUCGAUGACGAAAUCAAAAAUGUACUCUGCUCUAAGCUUGCUAAGCAGUUCGAAAUCCUUAGAUCAAUUCCUCAAGAGGGCGGUUCAGAUUAUUAUGGCCGGGUUAACCGUGGCCCAUGGGCAACUGAUAUGCCGGCUUUUAAAUUAUUUGGCUAUGAGACUCGUGGCCCCUUCGAUAGUUACCAGCAAUUAUUCUCAGCAAUGAUUGAUUCUGCACAGCUUGUCUUCGCAACAUCGCAUGAGCAGGCAGACUACUAUCCGCAUGAAGUAAAGAGUCUAGGGGAAAUCGUAGAGAUCCUUGGGGAGAGUGAGAACACUAGGCCUUGUUUUACGCACAUGUAUCCUUCCCUUAACAAUAUUUUAGUUCGUCCAAUAUGCGAUCCCUCUGGAGCUAUAACUGAUUGGGAUGUGGCUCUAUGGGGCUGGAAGCAUGCUGGAUGGUUUCCUGCCUAUGUACAGACUGUUCAGUUGCACAAAAGCUUCCUCUAUCUUGGCAAAGAUGCGGCUGAAUCGACCAUAGAACGAAUUGUUCCUCACUGGAGGGACUCAUGCCUAAGGGAGGUGGAGUUGAUGGGGCAUGGUUGCAAGUAUAAAUUUGCCUUCUGGAGUUGA